AUGGGCCAGAAGUUGUCGUUGUUGGCGCCUUCAGCCCCCACAAUUGCUAUAUCAUCGUAUGUCGAUGCAUUGGAAAACUACCAAUACGUGGAGCUACUAAGCAAUUCGAGGUUUCUCAAAACUAUCAAAGCGAUAGACAAGUCCACGGGUCAAUUUGUCAUUAUCAAGCUCUUGAUCAAACCAUCGACUCCAUCAUACACUUUGCAACUUCAGGAUGUACUAGAAUACCUAGUCAAAGAAUCCUCGGUGUUGUAUCCAUUCAAGAGUGUUUUGACGUGGCAUAAACUAAUUGAAACUGAUCGAGCUGGGUAUAUGAUUCGAGAAAUGGCUAAAAUAAAUCUAUAUGAUCGACUAUCUUUACGCCCGUUCUUGGAGCCGGUGGAGAAAUUGUUCAUCACGUUCCAGUUGUUGAAGUCAGUUUGUGAAUUGCACUCACUAAAUGUACACCACGGAGACUUACGAUUGGAGAAUAUACUUGUAACAUCAUGGGACUGGAUCUUGAUUUCUGAUUUUGCAAAUAUAACCAAACCUACGUAUAUCCCGGAAGAUAAUCCGAAUCAAUUUUCAUUCUAUUAUGAUGGUUCGGGCAGAAGAGUUUGUUAUCUCGCCCCGGAACGGUUUUACAAUAGCCAAAAUAGCAGCAGCAACAACAACAACAAUACUGUUCUGAAUUUCAACGACAAUGGAUCUUUUAAUUUUAAAAACAAUGUCACAGAUGAAAUGGAUUUGUUCAGUUUAGGGUGUGUCAUUGCCGAGUUGUGGUGUGAUGGCGAACCCGUUUUCACAUUAUCUCAAUUGUUCAAGUACAUGAGGAAUGAGUAUGAGCCUAAUUUUUCAAGCAUACCUAAUCCGCACAUUGUCAAGUUGAUACAGAGACUACUAAAAGUGAAUCCUAGUGAACGAAGUAGUGCUCGUGAAUUAUUGCAGGAAUUCAGAGGAAAUUGCUUCCCUGAGUUCUUUUACACCUUUUUGUAUGAGUUUAUGGAGAAUGUAACUCAUCAAGAGGAUUUUGCUCCCAAGCAUGAUAAGCACAUUACAUCUAGUGAUUUGAAGAUAGAUCAUAUUUACAACAACUUUGCCAGAAUCAGCGAAUCCUUGGGAUUUACUUAUAAAGUACAACAACCAUCGUCGCUGCUUCUUCCCAUGAAAAUGAACCUCCCCACAAUGCCUCACAAUUACCGGAUACAGCCCAAGAAAUACGUCAAUAAUGAAGACGGCAGUGAUGCUUCUUUGGUUAUCAUAAACUUGGUCACUUCGUUGUUGAAUACGGUGAAGUUGCCUGAUUCAAAGCGAAAAUGCUGUUUGUUGAUACUAGCAUUGUCUGAGCAAAUCAACGAUGAGUCCAAGCUAGACAGGUCAUUACCGUACUUGUGUUCCAUAUUAGACGAAUUCGUUGAAUCUGCUGUGCGCCACUCACUCGAUCACGUGUCGGCAAAGGUGGUUUGCCUUGCAUUGUAUGCCAUAACGACAUUGAUGCUAUCCUGUUCGUAUGUGACCCCAAUCAAUGUUCUUGUGUUUCCCGAAUACUUGUUAGCCAAAGUGAACAAUUUGUUGGUGUUGAAAAUAGAUUCGGAGUCGCAAAAAUUGAUCAAUGGUUGCGUUGCAAUAUGCUUGCCAUACCUUGCAACGGUUGCUAAAAAGUUUUGGUCCAUGUCGAAAGCAUUGAAGCAGCGACAUCUUGGCAGUACAGCAACCUCUUCAAACUCUUCAAAUUUGCUUCCCGAAAGUGUUAUGAAGGCAGUUACCUCCAUACAUCUUUCCAAGGACCAACUAGAUCAAAAGUUUAAGGAAAUUACAUUGAGUAUCCUAACUGAUUCUCACUCGUCAGUCAAGGUUAGUCUACUUGAGAAUAUACUACCCUUGUGUCAAUUUUUCGGCAGAGAUAAAACAAAUGAUAUCAUUCUCCCUCAUUUGAUUUCAUAUUUGAAUGAUUCUGAUCCGACGCUUCGGUUAGCAUUUCUAUCAGCGGUUUUGCAAAUUGGCCCGUACAUUGGAGCAUUGUCGUUUGAACAGUAUAUCCUACCACUACUUCUACAAUCCAUCAAUGAAUGUGAGCAAUUUGUUGUUUUAAAGGUUCUUCGUAUCUUUAAUGUGUUUGUUCUGCAAAAAUUGAUAAACUCAAAAUUAGAGUUCAACACUUUGGAAAUCUACACUGAACUAUUAUCAAAUUCAAUUCAUUUACUAUUACAUCCAAAUGAAUGGAUACGACAAUCAUUAAUCAACUUGAUAAUAUCGAUCAGUAGCAACUUGAGUGAUGCGGAUCGGUAUUGCUUUUUGUAUCCACUAAUCAAAGGGUAUUUAAGCUAUGAUGUUUUUGAAAUAAAUUGGAAUACAUUGUACCCUAGUCUUACUCGACCAUUGAGCAAACAAGUGUAUGACGGAGUAAUGACUUGGGCAUUGGCAUUCACCAGCAAAUCGCUCUUUUGGCAAGAAAAGGGGUUUUCGUUGACGCCGAAUAAAGGAAAUUCUACGGCUAUGUCGUUUCCUCAAAAUAUGGGGAAGUCGGUGUAUAUGCCGAAAUUGAGUACUGCUGUUGUAUCAUACAAUAGUGGUAGAAAUAAGGAAAAUAUACCAUUGAGUUCAGAAGAUAAGCAAUGGUUACUCAAACUCAAAUCUAUUGGGUUGGAUGACAAGUCCUUGUGGAAGGUUCUUGUUUUGAGAAGUUAUAUUUAUCGAAUCAGUAGAAUUUCAAGGAAUCCCCAUCAAAAGCUGCAAAAGCACAAACCGCAGCAGCAGCAGCAGCAGCAGCAGCAACAUAUACAAUUUGAGCAAUUUAAUCUCACCCCAAGAAACGUUUUCCUCGAUGUUGUCUUCAAGUCAGAACCAGUUACAUCAGUAGCAGGGCUAAAAAAUAACAAAAUUGUGGUGAAAUCAGAAGAUACCGUGUCAUUGAGAAGUUUGGACCAUUCCAGGCAGCUGCAUCAAACAUUGAUACUUCCUAAUAUGGAGCGUGCCAUAGCUUCCGUACAGACGAUCGAAGCCAAUGUGUUUGGAGAAAUGGAGUCAAGUCGGGACACUUUUGCCAAGACUUUGUGGAUCAAUGACCCCACUUUAUUUCACAAGUCUUAUCAUGUCGACGAAGAUCGUGUCAUUACAUGUCAUGUGAAACAUACAUACGCCGGCUCAAACCAUUUCAUAUGGAACUAUUUGCAUACAUUGACUAUUGCCCCUACGCUCGAUGAUUUUGCCGAAUUUGGAAAAGCUGUCAAGGGCAAGUUGCAAGUUGGAUUGGAGAGUUUGAACUUGUUCAACUUGAACAUACGUCGAACAAGUGAAGAGAUAGACGCUUAUACUUGCUUGGACAUGUCUCCCAUGGGUGAUUAUUUUAUAACUGGGUCCGAAAAUGGUGUUGUUAAAAUUUGGGGAAAAUCCAAAUUGGAGGAUAUUAAUCGAUUGUCGAAUGCCUCGGAUCAAUCAAUUGAGUUGAAGUCACGAGUUACAUCAAUUGCAUUUUGUCAAUUGAGAAACUGUGUUGUGAUUGCUUGUCGAGAUGGUUCUGUACGAAUUUUCAGAAUUGAAUUUGUUCGAAACAAGAGUCGAAAAAUUGUCAAGUUUAUGACACCGGUACUCAUUCGCAAGCUGGUGUUGAAUUCAUUUGCAAUUUUAGUUACGAUUUUGGACAAUAUGAUUUACGCCAUUGAUUAUCAGCUGCAAGUACAUGCAAUCGAUAUGAUCACCAUGAAACAACAAUACUCGUUACAGAACCCAUUAUCAUUUGGACUAAUCACUAGUUUUAUCACCAGUGGAACUAACAAAGAUAGUUGGUGCAUCAUUGGUACUCAAAGUGGCUAUCUCACUCUAUGGGAUUUGCGGUUCAAGUUGCUUUUGAGGUCAUGGCAAGUACAGGUGGAGCCGGCAGUGGGUGAUGAUUCCGAUGAUAAGUUUGUGCUCGAUCAGAUUGAUGAAGUGAGGUUGAUUAAUUCAAGCAAUAUAGAUUUAGCGCGUGCUAAAUUUGGCGACGUUGCCCUCAAGGAACGGUCAAUAACCAUAUAUGUGAAGUCAACUGCAAAGAAUCUUGAGAUGUUGUUUGAUAUACCUUCUUUGGAAUGUAAAGGGGUUUUGCAAAUGGGUGAUUCACUGAGAUUCCAGUGUAAAUUGAGUGAAGUUGACUCUGACUUGUCCCAGGCAAGAAUACAAGACAUGAUUGACGAGUUAAGUUUAGAAGUGAAGUGA